AUGUAUUCCGGCAACACACCUCCACCUUUUCCAUCGGCGGCGAUACUAGCCAUAGAUCAGGAUCAGACCCAGGUCGUUACCAGCGUAGUUGAGCAAGCCAUCGGAGGACCAAUCGGCGGCAAUCCGAUAACUGCUGAUAUCCAUGGUCAACAGAAUUCGCUUAAUCAGUUUCAAUCUGGGACUUUCAGCCGUGGGAUAGAUUAUGUCGAUUGGUACAGUGGCGGUGGUCAACCACCGUCUCUUGGAGCUAUAAGGCCGGUGGUCAUUUCUCAACCUUCGGGAAGCAAUGAGAUAUAUAGUGAUGGACUACCACCGUCGUUGAACGACUUAGGCAGACGAGAACCAUCUCAAACUGGGGCAUCCACCGGCCGUGAGGUUGCUGAUGCACAUGAAAUGGCCGGGAUGAGUUUGACGCGUAAUAAUUUCAGGAGGUUAUAUGAGGAUUCAUACAGCAAGGGGAUAGAUGGAAAGUGA